AUGUCGAGAUCGCCAUCUUUGCCGCCCGAACUGCUGCUCCUCGUUGUCGAAGCAGUGCUGCCGCCAAACCCACACCAGCUGCUGCCAGCCUCCCACAUCUCGACCAGGACGCUGCUGGCGCUGGCGAGGGUAUCGCGGGCAACAUACGCGCAGGCCACGCGGCUCCUGCGGCAGCGCUGCGUGUUUGUUGACUCGGGCCGGCGGCUGGCGGACCUGCUGCUGUGCAUGCCGCGGCUGGUGCCGGGCUUGCCCCCCGUGCUGUCGCUGCGGCACAUGACGGCGCUGUACAUUGCGCCGUUUGGGCCGUCGCUGGACGACCUGCCGACGGCGGCGUGGGUGCGGGAGCUGUUCUGCGAGGUGUGCGAGACGCUGCGGCGGCUGGUGGUGGAGAUGCCGUUUGGCAGCCUGGACCCCUUGGAGGACCACCUGAGCGUGCGGCGGACGCUGCGGGACGGGUUCGAGCAGCUGCACCGGCUGGAGGAGUUUGCGUGCGUGGGGGAGUACCCGGCGCUGAGCGUGCCGCCGGACGGGCACACGGACGUGUGGAGGCUGUGGCCGGAGCUGAGGCGGCUGGUGCUGUUUGAUGUGCCGAUGGAUAGUCACUGGCUGUGGUGGGACAUUGCGACGCUGCCGAAGCUGGAGCACGUGGUGCUGGCGAGGCCGGUGAGGCUGGACAGCGUGAAUCUCAAGGACGAGUACUUUCACAAGCUGCCGAGGGAGGACGCGAGGCUGGGCAGGGAGAUUAAGGUUGUGUUGAUGGACCUGGUGUAUGAUUUGGGGGUCGUGAGGACGGAGCGGUGGGGGGAGAUUGAUCCGGAGGAGAAGAUGACGGUGGAGGUGUUUGAGGUGCCGUUGCCGUUUUAUGGGGAUGAGACGCCGUUGGAGUUGGUGACGGAGUGGGCGAGGAGGGGGGCGUUGGAUGGGAGUGUUUGGAGGUUGGAUGGGACGAAGGUGAGGCAGGAGGAUGGUGGUGAUGGGUAA